CUUUAGGAGGGAGUGUAAAACCGUAAAAUAAGAUGAGAGGAUAGAGAAUUGAAUGCAAAAACUCGCAUGUUACAUGUCUUCAUGCAUAUACUCACUCAAUUAAUUAAGUUGGUACCAAUUCACAAAUUUAUUGCUGUUUGCCGUUUUGUGAGAAAAAGGAUUUAAUUACUUCAUAAAAUUAAAAUCACCCCCAUAUUUACAGAUCUUUUUUUCACAAAUUUUUAUUAUAUAUUUAAUUUUAAUUGUUUGGUUGUCUAGAUGCAUGUAUAUAUAAGAAAUCACUUGGGUAAAGAAAUGCUUGUCAACUACUCCUUUUAGUAGUAUCCACUCUCUUUAUGCUUCAAAACAGAGGAGAGGAACAACUUCACAAGCACUUCCCUUCACACACACACACACCCACACACACACACACACUCAGAAAAAAGGCAGAGAGAAAGGGCUAAAAAAGUUUUCUUUUUUUUCCUUUUGGUGUGAGAAUUGAAGUUGAUUUGGGUUCUUCUUGAGUGUCAUGGAGAAACAUAGAUGUAAGUUAUGCCAUAGGAAUUUUGCUAAUGGCAGAGCUUUAGGUGGGCACAUGAGAUCCCACAUGAUGAAUCUUUAUGCAUCAUCCAAGCCCAAAAAGCAAGAAUUUUUCAUGGAAGAGAUUGAGUCAGUUCCAUCAUCAUCUUCACCAUCAUCAGAGGAUGAAGAAGAAGUAGAGAUUGAAGGUAAAGGUUUGUUCUUUUCUUAUGGGAUGAUGAGUACUAAUAAGAACAGAGGAGGCUAUGGUGGUGACGGCGGGAUGGAGGCGGAUUCCGAUCAUUUCUAUGCCGGUCCGGGAAGUUCUGUUGUUGUACAAGACAGGGAAAGUGAGACCGAGUCAUCCAAGAAUUCCAAUAUCCGUAGAAGAUCCAGAAGAGUAAGGAAAUCAAGAAUUUCGGAUGCAAUUCAGUUCUCUUCUUCUUCACAGUUCAACAAUUGCAUGCCAGAGCAAAAACCCAAGUCAGAAGAAAUUCCUGAAUUAGUACUUCCAGUUGUUACUAUGGAUGCUGAACCGGUUAGUUCAAUUUCUGACACCAGCCCAGAUGAAGAUGUAGCUCAUUGCUUGAUGAUGUUAUCUAGAGACAAGUGGCACCAAAAGAACAUUGAAGAAGAAGAAGAAGAAGAAGAAGAAGAAGAGGGAUUUUUUGCAGAAGCAGAGGAGGAAGAAGAGGAAAUUGAGAUUAAGAGGAAUCCAAGACAUGAUUUUGGAGUUAUUAAAGUGACCAAAAGUAGUAGGAGCAGAGGAAAGUACAGAUGCGAAACAUGUAACAAAGUUUUUCGUUCUUAUCAAGCUUUAGGUGGUCACAGAGCAAGUCACAAGAGAGUUAAAUUCCAAAACACAAACAAUUCAGUUUCAGCAGAAGAAGAUCAUCAUCAUCAACAACAAACACAAGGGAACAACAUUUCGGUUUCGGUUUCGGUUUCGGUUGCAGAGAGAAUUCAUGAAUGCCCUGUUUGUUACAGAGUAUUCUCAUCAGGUCAGGCACUUGGUGGGCACAAAAGAUCACAUGUAAUGGGUGCUGCGGCUCAAUAUCAGCAAAUUAGUAGUACUAUUCUUGCUGCACCUAAAAAAAAACCAGCUCCAACUUUCAUAGAUCUUAACCUUCCAGCUCCAAUUGAAGAGGAUGAUGAUCUCAGUCAAAUUGAAGUUUCUGCAGUUUCUGAUGCAGAUUUUGUCAACCCUUUUAAGCAUUGAUGAUUACAUCAAGUUAGCCCCUUUUUUUAAUUGCCUUUUUUUUUUCGAGGGAAAGAGGAAGAAAUAGUUUAUACUUCUUAGUUAGAGGUGAAGUUUUGGAUUCUUGUAAGCAGCAAUAUUGCAUUGAAGGAAGGUAUGAAUUGUAUGGACAUUGUUUUUAUUACUGAUA